GCGUGUGAGUGUGUGUGUGUCACAGGACUACAAGACCAGGAGGACGUGUGAAAAGAGAAUCAUGUUUCUUCUUGAGGGACACAAAGAGGACGCGUGAAGGAUCGACUGCGAUCCAGAGAAGGAUGGAGGUGUGGCACACGCAGACGAGGGGGAGCCAGCUGGAAUGUCCCAUCUGCUACAGCGCCUACGACAACGUGUUCAAGACCCCCAAGCUGCUGUCCUGCGCGCACACCUUCUGCCUGGAGUGUCUCUCCCGCCUCUUGGCCAUCUCGCCGGCCAACAACCAGGCGACGGCACCGUCGGACGCUGGCGCCGACGUCUUUUGCCCUCUGUGCCGCCAAAGCACGGCCUUCCCCGAGGGCGGACCCCCGUCGCUGCCCACCGACCAGGACACGCUGCACGAGCUGCCCCGCCACCAGCAGCGCGAAGAGCCCGUGUGGCUGGACGGCGACAAGCUGUGCUACAAAAGCUGCGGGCCCACGUCCGACAGCGUGGCGCCCUCCGCCUUGUGCAUCUGCAUCGACAUCGGCGCCACCGCCACCAAGGCGGGGGUCAGCGCCCCCGCCCGGAGCUCGCCGCGCCAAACGGGGCCGCUGGGCCGGCUGUCGGACUGGAGGAGGAUGGUGCUGUUUGUGGCUCUGAUGGUGCUGCUGGUGCUGGUAGUGCUGUGGCCGCUGCAGUGCGCCUUCAGUACGGGAAACCUGAGGUGCUCCGACGCGAUGGCGCCUAACCGCACCGUGGCCACGCCCACAACGCUCGCCGCUUUCAGCCCGCUCACCAGACCUCCAGCCGCCACUCAGUAA